GUUAUCAAACAGAUAUAUUAUAUCUCGUUGCAUAACUCAUUCAUGAUAAACCGCUCGAGUAUUUAAUAAUUAAUCAGUUUCUAUUUACUCUUCCUCCGAGUAUUAGUCGUCUAUUAUUUAAUUUAAAAUGGAUAAAAACAUGAAGGAAGUUGUUGCUGUUGUAACAGGUGGUAGUUCUGGAGUGGGAAAAUCAAUUGCUGAACGUAUUAUAAACAACAAUGGUAAAGUUAUUGUGAUAGAUAUUAAUGAAGAAAAAGGUGAAAUUUUAGCUAAAGCAUUGGGAAAUAAUUUUAUGUUCAUUAAAGCAGAUGUGACGUCAGAAAAAGAAAUAAAAGAAGCUUUGGAUAAAAUAAAAGAAGAAAAAAUUUUUAGUGGCAUAAAUGUAUUGAUAAAUUGUGCAGGUAUUGUUGAAUGGGGUGUCCCGUAUGAUUUCGAUGGCAACACACCAUUGCCAUUGGAGAAUUACAAAAGGGUGAUGGAUGUAAAUGCCCUUGGGACAUUUAAUAUGACGCGUUUGGUUAUAAACGUGAUGAUAGAAAAUUUACCUGACGCGAAUAAGCAACGUGGUGUAAUAAUUAAUAUUGGUAGCGUUAUGGCAACUGAUGGAAGGGAGGAUUUGUUUGCUUACUGUGUUAGUAAGGCUGCUGUUGUUGGAAUGACUUUGCCCUUAGCCAGAGCUGUUGCCAGUAAAGGUAUACGAGUUGUUACUCUAUCACCUGGUUAUAUUGAUACACCAAUGGCACGUACUAUGGGACCAAUUGAAAAAAUAAAUGAAGCGAUGCUGGAAUUGAAUUUAUUUCCCAAAAGAAUUGGUCAACCGGAAGAAAUAGCACAUGUCGUCCAAUGUAUUAUUGAAAAUCCAUUUAUAAAUGCUGUUAAUAUAACUGUCAGCGGUGGAUAUCAUUAUGUUAAAUAAUCAUUUUUAUAAAAAUUUUGUCUAUUGAUUUAUUCAUAAAUAAAAAUUUUUCUUUCUGACUUAUACACGGAAAGAAAAUUAUGGGAAGUUUUGCUAUGCAUUAUGGGAAUAGUUCCCAUAAUGGUAUGGGAAUAGUACCUAUACUACUAUAGGGAUGGUUCCCAUAUAUUAUGGGAACCAUCCCCAUAAUAGUAUGAGAAUAGUUCCCAUACCAUUAUGGGAAUGGUUCCAUAAUAUUAUGGGAACCAUUCCCAUAUCAUUAUGGGAACCAUUCCCAUAAUGGUAUGGGAAUCAUUCCCAUACUAUUAUGGGAAUGGUUCCCAUAUUGGUAUAGAAACUAUUCCUAUAAUAUUAUGGGAACUAUUCCCAUAAUGUUAUGGGAACCAUCCCUAUAAUAUCAUACAUUUUUUUUUUUGCCCAAUAGUGUAGAAAUUUCCCAAAAUUUAAAUUUUCUUGAAUGUUUUGUGCUGACAAAAAAUUCUUAUUAAAAAUUUUAAUGUUUUUUUGCCAAAUACGAUUUUUUUUUCAAUGUUUGAAUUUUUGUUUUUAUGUUUAAUAAUAUUUCUGUGUAUUGUAGAAGUCAUUACCACACUUCUUUAAAUUCAUUUUUUCAUGAUAAUAUGGGAACCAUUCCUAUAAAUUAUAGGAACCAUUCCAAGAAAUUAUAGGAAUGAUUCCCAUAAUAUUAUAGACAGUAUUCCUAUAAAUUAUAGGAAACAUUCCUAUAGUGUUAUGGGUAUCAUUCCCAUAAUUAUAGGAACUAUUCCCAUAAUUAUGGGAAUCAUUCCUAUAAUUAUAGGAACCGCUCCCAUAAUUUAUGGCCGUAAUUCCUAUGAUGGUAUAGGAAAAAAUUUCACAAAAUUAUGGGAACCGCUGCCAUAAUUUUCUUUCCGUGUACUGUCAUUUUUAUUUCUUACAAGACAGUUGAAAUGACAAA